AUGUGGUCCAACUAUUUUGUACAGCAGGAUGAGGAGGGUCGUAUCGGGGUUGCAGGGGCUGGACAAGGUGGGGGUUUGGGUGGAAUUAAAGGUGGAAGGGGACAAAGGAGGACCCACAAGAUGAGUGACAGCCAGGAGGGGAAGAUCAAGCUGGCAUUCUUUGUGUCUAUCAUUGGCGUGACCCUGACGGUGUUGGGCAUGGGGACAGAGUUUUGGGUGGAGCUGGCCCAACCAAAGAAUUUCAGCGGCAAUCAGACCUGCCAGAUGGCCCACUAUGGCCUGUGGAAGGGCUGCAUCCGUACCCUAUGGGUGGCUGACAUAGACCCAGAGAGGACAAGCUGUGGCCCCGUCGAACUACCUGGAGAAUCCAACUGCACCUACUUCAAAUUCUUCACCUCUGGGGAGAAUGCAGUCAUAUUCAAGAAGACAACUAACAAGAAUCUGAAUCUAGCAGCAGCUGUCUUGGCCCUUUUGAGUCUGACCAUGAUGGUAAUGGGCUCCAUCUGCAUCGCCAUGUCCCUCAGCAAAGGAGUGCCCUUCUUUCUCAAGCCGGCCUCCUUCUGUUUCAUCCUAUCAGGUGUACUGGUCCUUCUCUCUGUCCUGAUAUUUCACCAGUCCAUGCUGGCCUUGCUGUCCAGUGAUCACUCCAUACCUUUACACCAUGAGCUGUCCUGGUCUGUGGCCUGCGUUGGCUCAGCAGGAGCUAUUCUUAUUGUUGGAGGUUUCCUCUUCAUCAUCCUCUCCCUUCCUUUCAGCCCCUGGCAGAAAUGCUUGCCACACAAGAAUAGCGCCACCUAG